CAGUUGGAACUGUCAGUUUCUGAAUCGCUUAGGUUACAUACAAAUAUAUAACCGAUUUGCUGCACCUUACGAUCUCGUGGCGAAUGUAAUUAAAAAUUUUGUUGAUAUCGUAUUCCGACUUCUUUCAUCAUGUCUAAACGACUGUCGAAAUCUCUGUUAACUAAAGAAACCAGAGAUUAUUUCUUAAGCACGCACUUCUGGGGCCCGAUAUUCAACUGGAUGAUACCUAUAGCGGCCAUAUCUGACACGCGAAAGCAUCCAAAAAUCAUUAGCGGCAAAAUGACUUUAGCCUUGACUCUGUAUUCUCUGGUAUUCAUGCGGUUUGCUUGGAAAGUACAACCGCGAAAUUUGUUGCUGUUCGCAUGCCAUAUCACAAAUGCCGGAGCCCAAAUGACGCAAGGUUACAGAUUCCUCGAUUAUCACUACGGCCAACAGAAAGAGCCCGAACAGAAAAAGUAAUGUAGGAAGCUAAUAUCCAUGCGAGCAUUGCGUUACAACGAUUGCUUACUUGCAAAUAUAUAUAAAAAUGCGAAAUACUAAUAAAAUUCAUUUCUUUAAUACUAUUGGUGCAGAAUUAUCUUAACAAAAUAAUAAUAAUAUGAUUUAGAUAGUGAGAGAUAUCGCUUUCUAU